AUGGCUUCUGCUCAGGUUUACACCUGUUUAGAGUGUGGCAUGUAUAGCUUAGAUCCCUUAUCCACCGAUACUGGUAACAAUAGUGGUAUUUGUACUAAGUGUGAGAUAGUUAGCACCUUGGUGGAUAAGGUGAAUAAGUUAGAGCUGCACGUCCGGGGUUUAAUAAGGGAUAGACAGCAGGAUUCACUGUUAGCAGCCCCGGGUGUCUCAGGGAGAGUUAGUACCCCCUCGACUCCGGCCUUAGAGCCCUCACAGCGGGGCGAAUGGGUAACGUCUCGGCGGCAUAGUCGAAAGGCUAAGGCUAAUGCUACCGCAAAGGCCACAGCCAGCCCACCUGAACACCACGCUCCCCCAGUUCACAUGUCAAACAGGUUUGCCCCGCUCAGUGAAGCGCCAACUGAGGAGCCUGUUAAAGGUACUCUGGUGAUAGGAGACUCUAUCGUCCGACACGUGAAAUUAGCUACUCCUUUAGGGGCACCAGCGGCAACAGUUACUUGUUUACCGGGAGCCAGAGCACCGGACAUUAGUGGCAACCUUAGGCUGUUAGGGAAUAGGAGAUAUUCGAGGGUAGUAAUUCAUGUAGGGGCCAAUAAUAUUCGUCUGUGUCAGUCUGAAGUAACUAAGGCUAAUGGUAAAGAGGUGAUUAAACAGGCCCAGACGCUGUCCGAGGAGGUAAUCUGCUCUGGCCCCAUCCCAAUGAGGCGUGGUGAUGAAGCUUACAGCAGGCUUUCUUCACUGAACCGCUGGAUGUCCAAGUGGUGUGCAGAAAAUCAUGUGGACUUUAUAGAUAACUGGCUACAGUUUGAGGGCAAGCCUGGUCACAACAAGGUACAAGGCACAGGAAAUCACAGUGAUUUUGACAGGUGA